GCCUCCGGAUGAUUUGCAGCUGUGGCUCUUCUGAUUAAGGAUGCCACUAAACUGACUUUGGGACAGCCAUUAACCCUGUUAACCCCUCAUGCCAUCGAAACUGUAAUUCGCCAGCCGCCUGAUCGCUGGAUGUCAAAUGCCCGACUCACCCAUUACCAGUCUUUGUUAUUGGACACCGACCGAAUUCAGUUUGGUCCCAUGGUGACACUGAAUCCAGCGACCCUCCUGCCGCUCCCAGGAAAAGCAGAUCCUCACAACUGUCAGCAGAUUCUUGCAGAGACACAGGGAACCCGGCCAGACCUCACCGACCAACCGAUGAAGGAUGUGGAGCUGGUCUGGUACACAGAUGGAAGCAGUUAUCUGCUCAAUGGAGAACGACGAGCAGGAGCAGCCAUCACCACCGAAUCUGAGGGAUCAACUUCUGCGCCAGGAAGCAGAAAACUGUCAAGCAUGUGCCCAGAGGCAUUCCCAACUCGGCAUGAGACUGCUAAGGUGGUUGCAAAGAAAUUACUGGAAGAAAUCUUUCCCAGGUAUGGAGUACCUGGGACCAUUGGGUCAGAUAACGGGCCUGCCUUCGUCUCCCAGGUAAGUCAGAUGGUGGCCAAUACAUUGGGGAUUAAUUGGAAAUUACAUUGUGCUUAUAGACCCCAAAGUUCAGGACAGGUAGAAAGGAUGAAUAGAACCAUCAAGGAGACUUUAACUAAAUUAACGCUUGAAACUGGCACUAGAGACUGGGUACAACUCCUACCUUUAGCUUUAUACCGGGCCCGGAACACCCCAGGCCCACAGGGGCUAACCCCAUUUGAGAUUUUGUACGGUGCACCACCACCUGCUGUUAACUUUUAUGAAACUGAAACUUAUGCCUCCCUCACCCCAUCUAUGCAGACUCAUUUGCGUGCCUUGCAGUUGGUCCAGAACGAGGUUUGGAAGCCUCUAGCCGCAGCAUACAAGGAGGAACUCAAAACCCCCUCGCUGCCACAUCCCUUCAAAGUCGGAGACACCGUCUGGGUACGCAGGCACCAGAGCAAGAACCUCGAACCGCGGUGGAAAGGACCUUACACCAUCCUGCUGACCACUCCCACUGCAAUCAAAGUGGACGGCAUCACCGCUUGGAUCCACGCUUCCCACGUGAAAGCUGCACAUCCGCAGGAGCCCACAGACGCCUCUCUGGAUCCAGAAUGGAAGCUGCAACGCACCCAAAACCCACUAAAGAUAAGACUUACACGCUGUUAAUCACUCUUGCUCUCUACGCUACUCCCCUCGUCCUAGGUAGUAAUCCCCAUACCCCCAUAAAGUUGACUUGGCAGGUGUAUUCCGAAACCGGGAAAAUAAUUUGGUCUAUUACA